AUGAAAUGGAAGUCCUUUGGCCCCCAAAGUGAUAGCAAUGAAAACACCAAACGGCCACUCUCUGCCUCCGCUUCAAUGGCCUUGAACUUCAGUCUAGGAAACGUCUGCAAAAGCCAGGACGCCGAGAGGACUGCGUCCAACGCUUCGUCUUCUACCGCUAACGCGCAAGCUACACCCUCAGACCAGGAAACAGAGGACGCCGAGACAUCUACCCUGACCCAACAAACAGCGCACGAGCGCAAGCCGUCCAAGAAACAAAAGAAAAAGCGCUCCUGGGCCGGCAUCCUCAUCCGCAAGGGGAAGAAACGCUCGUCGAAGAAGUCCCGCAAAUCCCCGACGCCUCCACCCAUGCUUACACGGACCAACUCUGAGCUCGGAUCCAUGUACAGCGUUGACUUUGACCAUGAUAACACUAUUGUCAUCCGGACUCCCACGGCCCAGAACGCUCCAAGAAGCCACCCCCAACCCGGCGAACCGGCUUCUUCCACGGACAACAGCUUGGAAAAGGCUUGGAAACCAAAAAGCUUCUACGAACAGCAGAGUAACCCUGACAUCUUUAGCCCCGUAAUCGAUCUGGAUGCCGCUCUAGGCCCAUUCAAUACCCCCGAAAUGGGGCCCGAGCGGAACAUUACCAGUGGUUUCAUGAUCGCCUCCAAGAGAAUGUACAGUGGUGGUCGUCGAGGCGAAUUCGUAGGCCCAGAGAUGCGGUACCACAGACGCGCGGAGAGUGCGCCGGAGAUGCCUCCCUUUGACCGCAGUUUCCUAGGUGCUUCUAGGUUCGGCCUGUCGACCGCAAUGGAAAACCCGGACGUGUUUGACGAAGAAGAGGAAGAUGCAUUUUUGGCCCAGAACGAUGACCAGGCUAACCAGAAGAACGCCGAAUCAUCCAAGGCCGAUGAUGACGCAGCUGAGAACGACCCAUCCUCCUCCAGUGAAGAAGACGAAGAGGACAGUGAUGCUGAGGAAGCUGGCCUGGGUAUCCAGGUAGUCGACUCCAGCAACCUGCCCGACCUCUACCCAGCUUCAGUCGAGAGCCGUCCCAGCACUGCCCAGGUUAUCACCCCGCGUACCCCUUACGCCCAUGCAAUUGAUUUCGAGUCUCAGUCCCAACGGAGCAACAGCAACAGCACUACCUACAACCACCCGGGAAGUAUCGGAAUCGUGGGCUCUGAUUCUGGCCAGACGUCCCCUCGCAACUUUGACGAAAAGCGUCCCUCUACCUCCCCCGAAUUCAUCUGCAACAUCUCUAAUGCUACGAACCUCACCCCCAUUCCCGCAAUAAUACCACCAGUGCCUAUGAUCCCACAGGCCUUUCCCUCACCCGCCCCUUCAAGCACCUCCUUUGACGUCCCUCGCCUAAACACCGCCUCCUCCAUGACAGACCAUCACCACGGCUCCGGGUCCGUUUACUCAGGCGAGCCGGGCUCAGACUACCUCCAAAACUCCUCCGAGGAUGUCCCGUCCCUAACCAGCUCUGCGUCGACAAUGACCGGAAACAUUCCCAGACUACCCAGCGCAAUCUACGGACGCAUCCCAGGUGACCGAGCCGCCUCGUUCUCUCACGUCCUGCAACUCAACAGCGCCGCCAACAACGCCAGUAGCAAUAGUCACAGUAACAACAACCGGCCCAGUUCAUCGAAACGCUCCAGUCUAGUUAGCUUCUCGCGUCUGGUUGGCGCCCACUCUGAGCGCAGCAAGCUAAGCCACGAGGAGAAAGCACCCAUGGACGAGUCUGAAAAGCGCAAGAAAAAGGGUCUCCGAAUCACCCGUCUAAUGCAGUUCUGGAAAGUCAAGGACAAACGAUAA